AUGACCACUUCCCUGGUCCUGAAUCCUCGGUGGCCGGACACGGUUAUGUUUGUGUAUGAAAAUAACUUGGAUGAGCUAAAUAAAAACAUGGAAGGUCUGGUUGGUAGCGGCAACUUCGCAACCAACCAGUGCAGGAAUCUGAUGGCCCAUUCCGCGUUGGGAGGUCAUCCCACAAGCCUGGUACACGGCUCCAGCUAUUCUACUGUGGAUGUUUCUGGAUCAACUUCUGGAGAUGCGGGAAAACAAUGCACGCCAUGUCCAGCAGUUCCUCAAGGUUCGUCAGCUGGACCCAUACCCUACAGCUACUUUGGAAACAGCUAUUAUCCCUGCAGAAUGGGGCGGGGUUCGCUUAAGUCCUGCACCCAGCCGAGUGCUCUCAGCUACUCUGCGGAGAAAUACAUGGACACUCCAGUCACGUCAGAAGACUAUCCAAGCCGGGCGAAAGAGUUCACAUUUUACCACAGCUACCCAAGUCCCUAUCAGUCCAUGGCCAGUUACCUGGAUGUGUCGGUGGUGCAGACGCUUGGUACGGGAGAGCCACGGCACGACACGCUGUUACCGAUGGACAGCUAUCAACCAUGGGCUCUGACGAACGGAUGGGGCGGUCAGAUGUACUGCUCAAAGGAUCAGGGCCAAGCGGGGCAUCUUUGGAAAUCCGCACUAGCAGAUGUUGUGGCUCACCAACAUGACGGUGGCUCUUUCCGCCGAGGUAGAAAGAAACGGAUACCGUACACCAAGGUUCAGCUAAAAGAACUGGAGAAAGAGUACGCCGCCAACAAAUUCAUCACGAAGGACAAGAGGAGAAAGAUUUCAGCGGUUACCAACUUGUCUGAGAGGCAGAUCACAAUCUGGUUUCAAAACAGAAGAGUUAAGGAGAAGAAAUUCGUGGCCAAAGUUAAGAACAGUGCGCCAUAA